AGAGAGAGAGAGAGAGAGAGACUCGAUCACUGCCCUCGACAACCUACUGAGGAUCGACGCUACCGCUUCCGUUUGUGGUUUUCGUCCGUUCUGUCCCCCUUCCAAGGUCCUUCUACAUUAUCUCGCAUUACGUCUCGAAAUUCGCCGAGGAGGCCUCGAGGAGGAGCAGCAGACAACAAGUCUUCUAGGACUACUGGUUACCUACCCUCUGUCUCUGCUCCUGUCUACCUUACCUUACUACCGGUACACUUUGACUCUCGACUACCAACCGCAUCAUCUCGGAACCUGUGUCACACCAAGCAUCCAUUAUCCUAUUAUUCCCCCUCUCUGAACACGGGGUGCCUGGUUCUUGUACGGAUACACCAUCUACGCCACGCCCCUAUUCCGUAUUCCGUAUCCCGCACGUUUCCCUAGAAGCCACCAGCCGCCCCGACGCCCCGACGCCCGUGACGAUGACCUCACCAGCCGCAACGCCGGCCGAAGAUACACAACGUCCCUUGUCCGAGUCCAUCGCCGCCGCGACCCGAUCUGUUCAUGCAAAACUUAACAAGAUUAUCAUUGCCCGCCUGCCCUUGGCGAUCCCGCCCCGCGCCGUAGAUCCUUCACUCUACGCUUCCGGCCUCCUUCACAUCACGCCCAUCUACGACACCUUUGAGUCAUUAUGGAAGACUAUUGCAGAAUCACCCCAACUUUCUUCUCCUGGCGAGGCCGAUGACGACUGUAAAUCAAACCAAGCUGGCCUUACACCGGUCUCGAACAUCGAAUCAAACUUGCGACACCAACCUGCUCUUUGCGAGCGGACACGCUCAAUACUAACGUCGCUGUACCUACCCGGACUCAUGCGUUCUGAUCGUCUGCGAGCUGAUCUUGGUUCCAUCACCGGAUGGUCCCCCGAUGUUGUCAAUGAGCAACUGGCCGCGAUCUCUCAGUCAGGACGCCUAGCCGAGUUCACAAGGCACGUUAGGCGCACUAUUGAGAAGAAGCCCCACGUCCUGAUGGCAUACUCGUACAUCUUGUUCAUGGCCCUCUUUGCUGGCGGGCGUUUCAUCAGAGCAACACUCGAGUCUGCGGGAUCAGAAUUCUGGGAGCAAACGUCGUCGCCGAUUCCACCAUCGCAGAUGCCCUGCCAAGAACGCACAGCACCAUCGGACGCUGCUAUUCCCAACGCAACACCGGUUGACAUGUCACGGGGUGACGGCCGUGGGAAGAUUGAAGUCGGCGCAAAGCACAUGCGUCAUUCUCUACCCCUGAGCUUCUUCCACUUUGCGACGCCCCUGGACGGCGAGGACCUCAAAAAAGAGUUUAAGAAACGGCUGGCGGAAUCUGAGCAUCUCCUGACACCGCGUGAGAGGCAUGACAUCAUCCAAGAGGCCGUCUGCAUCUUUGACAAUAUGCUACUGCUCGUUGGGCAGCUGGACAAUGUGUGUGACACGGACUUGGAACAUGGACCUUCCGCCUUGGAAUCAUGGGCAUCGUUGGCACCCGGCGGUCGUCUACGCGACAGCGUAGCCAUUGCUCGAGACAAACAGAGGGAGAAGACGGCCUCGAAGAGUUCCGAGGACAGCGAGAAAUCCGAUUCGUGGCUCUCCAGGCAUACGAGGCAGAAGGCAUGUGAGACUUCACAGUCUCACGCUUUGAGUGACCUGGAAAAACAGCCCCCGGCAUGCUGUCCGGCCUCCAAGUCUAUGAGAUUCGAGCCGAAGCUAGCGGUACCAAACAGAAGGGACAAGGGCCAGACGUUCUCGACAGACGGCGCGGCUAACGCAACGUCUUCUACAGGAGGUGUGGCGUCUAGGCAGGGUCAGCUAUCACGCUCUGCCACUUCCUUGAUAUCUAACAUCAUCAUCGUGGCAGGCUUAGCUGCCAUUGUCAGUAUAUUCUUUCUAGCAAGGAAGACGGGAGCAAAGGGCGUAUAGAAGAAGGGGAGUAGGAGAAGGCAUGGUGGCAGCAUAGCAUGACAACAUCGGCGUUUCGGAGCGUUUUUCAACUCAGGAUACCUGCGGCAUGGGAUAGAUAUACGAUACCCCCCCCCUAACCCUACAGCAUUUUCAGGUGUUUUGGCCUUUUCUUUUCCCUACGACAUAGCAUGGCAGUAGACGGUCUAUGACAGUCUUUCAAAGCUUAGAUAGACGGCUGCCAGAUGGCAUAUCCCAAACCAAGUCUCCUUUACAUUGGC